AUGGCACCACAGUUAAUCGCCAAGCGCCGGCACUUCGGAUUUGGUCGAGUGGAGAGACCUCAGGCGGAAUUCAGGCGACUUUCUCUCUCUGUACUCAGACGCUUUAUCGGCCAAAAGCAACAGCUUCUCAUAAUGGGCCGCGCAAGACCUGUCGUAUCCAUUCCCGAAGUGUGUACAUGGUCAAUUAGCUACGGCAAGUCAUGUCCUCUGGAGAUUCCCUGUGGCGCAACUGCAUUGGGAAAAGUAGUAUAUAUUUUUCUCUGUGGCUGUGUCUUAGCACGUUUGAGGAGACAGACAAUAACGUAUGGGUCUUUGACAUGGAGCUUCCGGGCUUUCCCAGCGCUGUUUGGGACGCAAUUAAGGACGUUCUUGGGCCGCACGGAGAUCCGGCAAGAUCUCGGUCUGCAGUUUCCGGCUGCGUGCGUGCUGUGGCGUUUCGUAGUUGCAUCGACGCUUCAUGCCAUUUGGAUCGAGCGGCGCCGUCGCAUGGAGGACUCAACACUCCCGAACGAAGCACGCACUAGCCGGGCACUGUCUCAUCUACGACGUGAGCUACCACGCUUCCGCAUCUCAACCUACCAGCCCAGGGACGAAGAGGAAGGACAAAACCUGGCACAUGUGCGGUCAGCUCUUGCCGACACUCUACUCCUCUCUAAGGAACCUAACCAACUUCACCCGCUGCGGCGGGGCGAACGCGCUAACGUUAUUAUACCUACUUUUGUUCGACGGUGA